AUGUCGUUUGCUCCGAACUUUUUUCCAUUGUUGUGGUUUCAGUCGUUCGGACCUCGCAGCUUACGAAGACUUCAGUCGACAAGUUCACAACGUUACCAAACAGAUCCUACAAGUCAACCAAUCAUUCGUCCAUCAGAAGUUGGCAUGGACGAUGGAAAUUAUUUGAUUCCUAACGCUAAACUGUUGAAUGAACACGCUACGAUGUACACUCCAGUAGUAGUGAAUGAAAGUGGUGCCACUGAGCUGGUGAAUAGUCAUGAUUAUUACAAUGAAUCAAAAGCCAAGUCCGACUACUACAACGACGUUGUUGGAAGUAAAGCAGGAGAUCAUCUUCUGGAAAUCAAAGAGGAGCCAUCCGAGGAUACUGAAGAGAGCUGCUUUGUGAUGUCUGUGGGAUGA